AUGCCGUCCCUGUCGGAGCAGCUGCAGGAUGCACGGAGUCGAGCUGAGGUGUGCCUGUACUCUGGGGGCAGGGUGGUGGAGGUGCGCACUGGGGUGAUGGCUUUGGCUAACCUGCCCUUACCACCGUGCUCCAAAUACCGCCACAUUGCUGCAGAGACCAUGGUCAUAGAGAACAGCUUCGGCAACAACAGGAAAGAGACCCUCGCAUCUCUUCAGCGCUUGUCUACAGCGUUAAACAUACUAGAAAAGUAUGGCUGCAACCUGACGAAUCCCAACAGACCAAAAUACUGGAGGACCGUGAAGCACAACAACCCAGUGUUCAGGGCCACCGUCGAUGCUAUCCAGGGAGGACGAGCAGUGCUGUAUCUCUAUGGUUACUCCAAUCAGCAGCCAGAUGGGCUCAGCUUCCCUGAUGAUGUCAACGAUCCUGAUGUGGGGAGAGUUGCUGCAGUAACGCUAGAAGUGAUGAGCCUGAGGAUGGAACUAGAAAUGCUUAUCAAGGAGGCUCAUCCGCACCCUGAGUUCUACGAGAGAAUCAUUCCUACGCUGAGACAUAAGGACGUGGGUCUAAACACGGAUGCUGUGGUCUACACCAGCCCCUCCAAUCCAGGUCACUCAGACAGCCAGACCAAGUCUUUAGCCCUCCCCCUGCACCAUCGCUCCAUCAGGGAGAGCAGGCAUGGCCAUUCCCUCACCACCAACCCCCAAGGUCUGAGGUCCAUCCAGGUCUUUUCCACCUCAUCAGCUAAGCAUCCAGAGAACUGCACUAUCUGUGGAAUAUUCCGUAUCUCCACCCACUGCCUCACCUGCGUCCAGGGCCUCUGCUCAGAGUGUGACCGGCUGUACCACUCCUACCCUGAGAGGGCCAACCACCGGCGCACCGCGGUCACAUCCAGGAACAGGAGCAGUCACAGGUCUUCCACGUGGUGCUGCCUCUACUGCACUAAAGUCAACUCGGUCCAGUUUGUGCUGUGUGAGGACUGUGAGCAUCCUCGACUAGAACCCGCCAGCUUUAAGGCGAAUGACUGUCAGCCUGCCACCAUCUCUGAGUGGCAGUGCAAAAGCUGCACCAUGGUCAACGCAGCCAGCAGUGUUCUAUGCGAAGUGUGUGAAAGACCUCGUUUGGCCACACGCCCUCCAGUGACCUCUUCACACCCACCAGUCACCCCCCCGAGACCACCAGCACCAGUACUGGGGAUGCCCGGUGACCCCGACAGCCAGUGGGUGUGCCAGUUCUGCACCUAUCUGAACUACUCUCCGGCUACAGUGUGUGAGAUGUGUGACCUGGCCCGUCCAGAGCCGGCGCCGCUGCCUGUGAAGCUCCGCCCUCCCUCUCCUGUCAGACGGGUCCCUGCCCUGUCAAUUAAACCCAAAGAGGUUGCCCCUGCAGACCUGGACUCCUGGAGGCAGAAGCUGAUGAAAGAGGAAGGGCUAAAGCUAAUUCAGCUAAUCAGAGAUGGGGAGAAGAAAGGAGUGAGUCCAGAGGAGGUGUACACCAGCAUGAGGGUUGCUGGGGACCGCAGCAACCUGCCCUGCAAGUGGCUGAAGACAGAGCUUCCUCUGCUGUUAGACCAGAUCAGGAUGCUGGUGGCCACAUCCUCGGUUCAGCCUGUUUCUGACAAGACUGCACCAGAGCACACAACCAAGUCACGUGAAAGUCCCGCUGAAGAUGCCGGGAAGGAGUUAGAGCUGACAGAAACAGAGAGCGUGGUCCAGCUGUCCAGAGCAGAGGCCAAGCAGGCCUGGCUCAUAGCAGGAGGCGACACUGAGCGAGCUGCCAGACAGGCUCUGAGAGACAGACUCACCAAGGUAAAGGAAUUGUGCACGCUCGGCUUCAGUGAUGAAGCUCAGUGUCACGAGGUCUUGAGGCAGAGCGGUGGUGAGGUGAGAGGGGCCCUGGCCCUGCUGCAGCGACCCCUGCUGGAACCUUUCCACAAAUGCAUUUGGAGCGACACGCCUGAGCCUCCUGUAGACAUCAAUCACCCUGACAAACAGCGCAUAUGUCGGCGGCUCCUGGCAGUGUAUGACCUUCCCAGCUGGGGGCGCUGUGAGCUGGCUCUGUCCCUGCUUCUGGAGCACAGCGCCCCCUACUCGCUGGAGGACGUAGUGCAGGCUGUACAGGAGUCCCACGACAGGGAGUUUAUCAAGAGAGUGCUGGCUAAAGAGUGUCCCAUCUGCCUCUCUAUCUUCCCCCACAGCAAGAUGCAGUCCCUGACGUCGUGCCAGUGCUCCGUGUGCUGUGGCUGCUUCCAGCAGCACUUCACCAUCGCUGUCAGGGACAAACACAUCAGAGACAUGGUGUGUCCGGUCUGCUGGGAGCCCGACAUCAACGACCCUGAACACCUCAACAGCUACUUCUCUACCCUGGACAUCCAGCUGCGAGAGUGUCUGGAGCCAGAAGUCUACGAGCUGUUCCACAAGAAGCUGACGGAGCAGGCUCUGAUCAAGGACCCCAAGUUCCUCUGGUGCUGCCAUUGCUCGUAUGGGUUCAUCUACGACGGAGACCAGCUGAAAGUCACCUGCUUCCAGUGUCGCAACAGUUUCUGUGCUCAGUGUAAAAAGCCCUGGGAGUCUCAGCAUGCAGGCCUGUCCUGUGACCAGUACCAGUCCUGGAAGAGGGAGAACGACCCGGAGUACCAGAGACAGGGCCUGGCUGGAUACCUCAGAGACAACGGCAUCACCUGUCCUAACUGUCGCUUUCAGUAUGCGCUGUCUAAAGGAGGCUGCAUGCAUUUCUGCUGCUCACAGUGUCGCUACCAGUUCUGCAGCGGCUGCAACAACCCUUUCCACACUACCUGUGCAGUGGAUGAGUGCAGUGUGACGGGACUCCACGCCCAUCAUCCCAGAGACUGCCUCUUUUAUCUGAGGGAUUGGGAACCUUCCAGACUGCAGGCUUUACUGAAGAACAACGGAGUGGCCUUCAACACCGAGCCUCCUCCUGUAACACAGACAGGCCUGUGUGGGGUGAUAGAACAGAAGGAUGAGGGCGGGCAGCAGCCAGACUCCGCCUGUGGAGCUCAGACCCAACCGGGACAUGCUGGACUCUGCGAGAAGCAUUACCGGGAGUAUCUGGUCAGCUUGAUCAACAGCAGCUCCAUCGACCCCGCCCCCCUCUACAGCUCCACCGAGCUGCUACUGGCCUGCAGGAGGUACAAGGUGGAUGAUGGCCGCCGGGACGGAGAGGACACCUUCACCUUCUACUGCAGGCUGCUGGAGAAACUGAUGGAUGAAGUACCACUUGGUGAAAAGGUGCCACGCAAGAAAUGAUGAACGCCCAACUUCCUGUUCAGCUGUGACCCUGUUGAACUUUCAACCUAAACCCAGCAACAGAAGACAAGAUAGCAGCCGUGUCCCUCAGGUUCUGCAUCUGUUAGUAUCUGCCAGUGUUCUUGUGAUGGUGUCGGACCAUG